ACAAAAUAUUUUUUUUAUUUUUUGGCAGCACGAAAAAAAAAGCUCCUCUAGGGAUUGGCUUCCCGAACACAAUGCAACCUGGCGCAUAUUUUUAUUGUUAUCCUAACUCGAGAUAUUCAAUGCAGAAGUUUUGCAUAUGAAUCACCCCCCGUCGAACAAAUAUUUUUUAUUUUGUUUUCUCUGUAACUUCUGAUCAAUUAGGUCUUUUUGGAUGCUUCCGGUGUCAUUCGACGGUAAAUUGUUAGAAAAACUUAAAAUUUGGUCCCAUUGGCCGGUUCCCGUAACCGGUUCCGGAGGAAAUCCGGAAUAUUGGCCAAAACUGUGCAGAAACUUCAAAAAAAAAAUAUUUUUUUGCCCUUAAUGCGAAGAAAACACACUACAGCAUGAAACAAUCCAUACAAACUAAGAAAUUGUUGGUCCCAGCAUGUUUUGAGAUGUAUCAUUGCAAAUGUGGCCAUAGAGAACCGGUCCCGGCCAAUCCGGAUCCAGAAACUAAAAAAAAAUUAGGCGAUAUUUUCACAAUUCCAAUAUGUCAGACAAUUUUAGAAAAAAGUUGUGUUGAAGCAUUCUUUGCUACUUUAUAUUUUCUGACCACUAACACAUGGCCAAGUGGCCAACGGGAACCUGUUCUGAAUGUUCCGGAUCACGGAAUCAGUGGACACUUGACAUUUUUAUUAAUUUUAUAAAGCAUAUGUCCAUUCAUGAAAUUUUUAAAGAUUCCUGUAAAAAAAUCUGAAAUCAUUUCAAAUCAGAAAUAGAAAUGUUGCCAAGUGGCCAACGGGAACCUGCUCUGAAUGUUCCGGAUCAGGGAACCAGUGGACUUUUGAAAUUUCAAUAAAUUCUUUAAAGCUUUUUUUUUUAUUAAGAUUGUUUUUUGAUUUCUGGAUAAAAUCUGAAUUUAUUUAAAAUUAGAAUUAGAAAUGUUGCCAAGUGGCCAACGGGAACCUGUUCAGAAUGUUCCGGAUUAUGGAAUCAGUGGACACUUGACAUUUUUAUUAAUUUUAUAAAGCAUAUGUCCAUUCAUGAAAUUUAAAGAUUCCUGUAAAAAAAUCUGAAAUCAUUUCAAAUCUGAAAUAGAAAUGUUGCCAAGUGGCCAACGGGAACCUGUUCUGAAUGUUCCGGAUCACGGAAUCAGUGGACACUUGAUUUUUUUAAAUUUAUUUUACAUUUUUCCAAUCAUGAAAUUUACAGAUUCCUGGAGAAAAAUCAGAAAUAAUUUCAAAUCAGAAACAUAAAUGUUGCUAAGUUGCCAACGGAAAUCUGCUCUGAAUGAAAAUAAAAAUAUGUUUUCAUUAAUUUUAUAAAGACGUUAUUAAUGAAAAAAAAAAAACAAGAUUUCUGAAAAAACUGAAUUCAUUCAAAAUCAGAAUCUGAAAUGUGGUCAAGUGGCCAACGGGAACCUGUUCUGAAUGUUCCGGAAUAGGGGACCAGCAGACAUUUAAAAUUUUAUUAAUUCUUCAACUUUUUUUUCUAGAUUUCUACAAAAAAUCUAAAUUAAUUUAAAAUCAGAAUUAGAAAUGUUGCCGAGUAGCAAACGGGAAUAAAAAAUAUGGCCAUUAGUAACCGGCUCCCGUCAAUCCUGAUCAGGGAUCUAGAAGACAGUUGGGCAACAUUGCGGGUGGUCCGGAUCAGGGAACUCGUUUUUUAAUUAAUCUGUUGUAAUUGAAUUAAACAAACAUUUAAGUUUUCAAAACAUUUUAAAUUUUAGUUUUGUCUGAACAUAUCUAAAGGAAUGGCCAUAAAAAAUAUGUCCAUUGCGAACCUGUAUUGUUAUCUUCACAAAUACAAUUUUCCAAGCAAAUCUAAAGAAAAGUACGAUAUUUUUGUAUACCUUCCAUCUUUAUAUUUUAUUAAUUUCAAAACAUGGUCACUUAAUCUGGAACUUGUUCCAAAUGUUCCAGAUCGCAUGAUUGUUGAGAAAAAAGGCGGCCGUCUUGAUCCUAAUCAAAUUAUCCGAGAUCAGCUUGCUUAGAAAAAAUGAAAAUGACAUAUUUCAACACCAAAACAUAGCUAGGUGGUCCUUGGGAAUAAGUUUCGAGUAAGGGAACCAAAAAACAAAAAAUUUGUCAUGUUUCCCGUAGUUUAUCACAUUAGUUAGAAGUGAUUAAUUACCUCACUUCCACUUUGUUUUAUGGUGAGAUGAUAAAAUAAAAACACAUGUUUGUACCUAAAGACAAACAUUUGCUUUAAUGAUUCAUCGAUUUUGCCUAAAUUGCUUUAAAUCAUUGCAUGAAAAAUCACUUCUAUUUAAAAUUAUACCAAACAAAUACAAAAUCACAACCUUCUUUGUCCUUACGUCGGAGCAAAACCUCUUAACGUUUGUUUUCGUUUUGUUCUUUUGCACACUUUUCGUAAAUUUGAAGUUUGAGGUUCUCUCUUGUCCUCAAACAAAGUGAUACGACAUAAUGGCAUAGAUUGGCUAAGCGAUUUAGAUCACAUUGAAAAAAUGAAUAUCCUGUUUUUAUAAUAAUUAGGUUUUUAUUUUAUUUAUUUCUAUUAAAAUAAAACCAUUUAGAAACAUUAUGCGUAAAUUUUAACAUUCGUUACAAAUAUUCAUGUAUCUAAAACAAUAUUUAUUUUUAACGAAAAAAAUUGGUUUUGUUUUUUUAGUCGGAAAAGAUUUAUUUUUACUUUUCUGUAACUAGCUUAAGCAAAAAUUAAAUGUUGUGUAUUGCUAUACGACAUAAAUUGCAUAGUUUAAUAAAGUUAAAUUAAAAUAAAAAAUACAAAUCUGUAUAGCUGACCUGAAAUUGUCUGUAUUAAGAGAGAAUAUAAUAAACCCAUGAUAUGUACUAAAACUAAAAUUCAAUUUACUGUCAUAGAAUUGGUCGUCAGUUAAGCAAGUGAUUUCACAGCAAAAUGUCAACAAAAGACUGCAUUCGCUCUCCAGAACAUUUUUGCUUCGUUUGUGGUCAAUUUAUAAGCCGCCGAGGCAAAAAAUAUGAUAUAAGUACUAACGACCGCCUUCGAAAAGCUUAUGAACAGUUUUUUGGAUUAAAAGUCGUGAACCUAGGUGAACCGUGGAUGCCGAACAACGUGUGUUUAUCUUGCGAAAUUGCAUUAUCAAGUAUGUGUUUUAAACAUUUAAUAAUAAAAUAAAGAUCAAAUUUCGACAAGCGCACCACUUUUACAGAAUCUGUUCAAAAUAGAAGCCUCGGUCCAAAAUUUUACAGGCCUAGAAUUUGGUCACAGCCCAAGGAACAUCCAGGUGAUUGUUUUUUUUGUUUGGCGGUAAUUAAAAGAGGAAUCGAAGAAAAUUAUUUGCCAAACUUACCAUCGUCAGAAGCUGUGAAAUAUAGAGAAACAAACGAAGAUUCUACUGCUGGACCAAGUGGAGCACAAGGUGGCAUUAUUUUUAAAAAGAUAUUACGAUUAGCACUAAUCACUAUUUUAAUUCAGGAGGAAAUAAUGCUGAUUGUGGACAGAUUGCUGUUGAAAGGCCUGGUGAUGCUACUGCUGGACCUAGUGGAGCACAAGGGGGAAAUAAUGCUAAUCGUGGACAGAUUGCUGUUGAAAGGCCUGGUGAACUUGAUGGAACAGAUACAACAGAAAGAAAUGAUGGCUCUAGCUCAAGUAUAUCAGUAUUAGGUAUCAUUGUUACCGAAACUAGAAAGGUUGGAAAUUUUAAUUUAUAUGAAUUUCUAUCCUUCAGGUGAGAACGUAGACCAUCAAAAAAAUGCCCACGGUGCAAAUGCUGUUGGGAAAAGAGCAGUUGAGGUUGCGGGUAAUGAUAACGGUGACCAUCAGCACAGCCACUCUCCGGAUAAUUUUUGCUACGUCUGCGGGGAAUACAUUUCUGUAUCUGCAAGGAAAUAUCCAAUGAUAAAAGCCACAAAAGUUUAUCUUGCCUACGAAGCAUGCUUAAAAACCGAAAUAACUAAUCUGAAUGAAUCUUGGGUACCACAUUACGUAUGUGCUGUUUGUUACACCGAAUUGAUUGCGUGUCACAAAAAUUCACAACAAUUCAAGUAUAUUUCGCCAAGGAUAUGGCGUAAACCAGUCGACGUAAGUGAAUGCUAUUUUUGCCUUUCACAAAUUCGACCUGGUAUUUCAAAAAAUGAGUACCCUGUUGCCAGUUCGUCGGAACCACCAAUCGAGUUCAAUUCCAUGCAAAAAAAAGCCGAUUGUCCUGCUGAUAACCUUGAAGUACCCAGUUUUGCAUCUUUAAUUACCGCUAGUUCCAUCAGUGUGCCGCACUCCGAAUACCAACCGGAAGAAGAACCCGAUGAUACGCCCCAUUUCCCGAACCAAAAGGAAAUUGACGAUCUUAUAAAAGAUUUGGGUCUCGGCAAAUCGAAAGCAGAGCUUUUAACAUCACGACUAAAAGAAUGGAAAAUAGUUGACAAAUCAGUAAAGAUAACGGCCCAACGGAAACGAGACGAGGCUUAUUCGCGCUUUUAUACGUAUGAUGAAGCUGUUUGCUACUGCAAAGACAUACCUGGUUUGUUUACAGCCAUCGGUAUCUCAUUGAACGUUGGUGAAUGGCGGCUAUUUAUUGACGGUUCGUCAACAUCGAUAAAAGUUGUUCUCCUUCAUAACAGAACGGGAAAAGAAAGGCUUCCGUCGCUUCCAAUAGCUUAUUCGAAGCUUUUAAAAGAAAGCUUCGAAUGUACGAAGUUAAUUUUGGAGCUGAUUAAGUAUGAAAACUACAAAUGGGAAGUUAUAGGCGACUUCAAAAUGGUGUCCUUUUUGAUGGGGUUGCAGGGUGGUUACACCAAGUUUCCCUGCCAUCUAUGCCUUUUCGAUAGCAGGAAUGAUGAUCUGCACUACAAAAUUCGUGACUGGCCAGCUCGGAAAGAGUUUACUAUUGGAAUAAACAACGUGAAGUGGGCUCCGUUGGUUCAACAGGAAAACAUACUUAUGCCGCCCUUACACAUCAAACUAGGGCUUAUGAAGCAGUUUGUGAAGGCGCUACCUGCCAACUCAGAACCGUUCAAGUUUUUGAAAAACAUGUUUCCACGAUUGACGGAGGGAAAAAUUACAGCGGGUGUUUUUACAGGACCCCAAAUCAGGGCUGUUUUUUCGAAAGAUGAAUUUAAAAAAAUGCUAAACAUGGACCAGAAAAACGCGUGGACAAGUUUUCAGGCUGUCGUGGAUGGGUUUCUAGGAGGGAAAAGGGACCCUAAUUAUAAACAAUUGGUCGAAACCAUGUUGAGAAACUUCAACAAGAUGGGGUGUAGAAUGUCGCACAAGUUGCACAUUCUACACUCCCACCUAGAAGUUUUUAAAGAAAACUCAGGUAGAUAUUCUGAAGAACAGGGGGAAUACUUCCACCAAGAAAUAAAAAAAAUUGAAGAACGAUAUAAAGGCCAGAAUAACCCAAUAAGUAUGAUAGGAGAUUACGUUUGGAGUUUGACAAGAACAACUAAUGAAUGUUACAAGCGGCAAUCUGGACCUAGUUCCGUUUUUGUAAGCCCUUGAUUUUUAUGUGUCGAUUUAAAUGUUCGUAUUGUUUUCAAAAUGUAUUCUUUUUCAUUUGAUGUAUUCCACAUUUUUUUCUUUUUAUAUAUUCUACCAUUUUAAGUCAACUGCCAAUAAUAAAAGUAAGAACAUGAUGUCAAUAAUAAACCUUUGCUUGAAUGAAAUUAAAUAUAACAUAA